AUUCAUGUCAACAAAACACAUGCUUUCACGGUUUUACUAGAGACUACUCAAGGCAACACACAACGUGUGUCGAAAUUUGAAGCUUGACCAUGGCUUCCGAAUAUCAAGUGGGAGCCUUGUCAGGCCUUAUCUCCGGGAAAACCGUGGCUGACGGCGAAGCCACGGAUCUAUUCACCACCCAAAAGAAGCAAAAGACGGUGAUGACAAAAGAUGUGCCCGUUAAGAAACGAAAAGUUAGCACCGCUACCGCUGGCCCCUUGCCCGAUUCGUCCACACCCUCCAAAGUCCAACGACCCGCCCCGCCAGUCGAUUCCAAGCUUGAAGCGGAUUCCGAGGAUGACCUGGACCGAAGCGAGGCCAUCACCCAAUUCCACGGACCCAGUUUGAAGUAUCGUGUGCGCGAUGAGGAUGAGAAGAAACGGGUGGUGGAUCCGGAAAAAGAUGCUCGCAGCAUCUUUGUCGGCAAUCUGCCCGCCACGGUUCCCAAGAAGAAGUUGGUCAAGUUGUUCUCGCCCUAUGGUCAGGUUGAAUCCGUGCGAUUACGCUGUGCCGCCCGACCGGAUCCCAAGACUAUGAAACGGGUGGCCGUGAUCAAGGGCACUUUUCACGAGAACCGCCACACUAUCAAUGCCUUUGUGGUGUUCAGGCAACCCAGUGAGGCUCAGGCCGCUCUGGCCUUGAACGGCACGGAGUUCCGCGAGCUCACGCUUCGAGUGGAUUCGGCCGUGCCCACGGAAAGAGACAACAAGAAGUCCGUCUUUGUGGGCAAUCUGGCAUUUUCGCUCGAAGAAGAAGAUCUGCGCAAGCAUUUCUGUGAUUGCGGAGCCAUUACCGAUGUCCGGAUCAUUCGAGAUUCGGCCACGGGCGUGGGCAAGGGCUUUGGUUACGUUAGUUUUGCCACGAGAGAUGCCGUGGAAGUGGCUUUGAGGAAGAAUUUGACGCGCUUGGGCCCAAGACCGGUGCGGGUGGAUCGGUGCGCCAAGAAAGGCAAAGUGUCUGUGCCCGUGGUUUCCAAUAAUAAGCAACGGGUCCAAGGCUCCAAGUACAAGAAACCCAUUCUGAAGAAGACCACACGGAAGAAGCUGCAAGCGAUGAAGGACACAGAGUUCCAGGGCAAGUCGCAUGAUGCCAAGAGCGGGGACAAGAACCCUAAGAAGAAGGGCAAACCCAAGCUGAACAAAAGUGACAAGAAGAAGAAAGUUUUGGCCCAGAAAUUAUUGAAAUAGAAUCUUCCCUAUGUGUUCGCUA